UUUUUCUCAUGGCUUUUCAACUUAGUUUAUUUUUUCAUUUAUCAUUUUUGUAAUGUAGAUAUGGGUAAUUGCAUGAUUUGUUUUGUUACUUACCUAAGUAGUUACUACUCUAAUAUGUAAGAAAGAUUAUGUAACAGGGUCCUUUUUCUUCUUCUUCUUUUUUUUUGUGUGUUUCUUUGGUUUUUCUUAGUGGUGUUUCUUUAGAUUGAAUGUUUUCUAUAAUUUCUUUUUAUUUGAAAAAAAAAGAGAAAAAUUUACAACAGUGAUCAUUGAGUGGACUCCGCGCCAUCCAGAUGUAAACUCUAUGUGAAGGAGUUUCAUUUGUUUUCUUAGAUGGAAAGGGGCACUGAGUAUUGAAUACCCAUUUCUCUCUCCAAGACCGAUCAUUAACAUGUUGGGUUCUUAUGUGUGCUAUGUCUUUUCCCCUGGAAAAAGAAAAUGUUACUCUUACCACCUGUGUUUUAGGGUAACAGUAGUGUUUAUUUUCUACUUCUACUUGGUUUUUUAUUAAACUCAAGGAAAUUUUCUACACAUUGAUCAUGUAAUGUGAUCAAUUGUCAUUUGAUCCUUGGAUCAGUUUGGGCAAGUGAUCAAGAAAGAGAAAAAAAAAAAAUCAUGUGGGGCUCACUUUUGUGUUUGACUUUAAUCAGGGUUGUAAUAUAAUUUCUUUUUCUCUUUUCAUUUUUGUUUGUAAGGUAAUAUUAUUUAUAUGUUGUAGUAAUUAAGAGUGCAAGUGCUUACUGUAUGCUCUGAAACAAGUUGAUUCAAGUAAUAAUAUUUGAGUUAUGAUGAAGCUAAGAUUGGCUGAAUGGAGGUUGUGAAAGGAGUGUGAGCUAUUUGAGAAAACUGUAAUUUAGGACAUACCACCGGGAGAUUCGGUAAAGAUAAGCUUGGCAAAAGUUUGUGAAAUAUGUGGUGGUGAUCAUCGUCUUGAUGAAUCUUUACUUGCAACUUGCUCUAAAUGCAACUCAACUUGUGAACAUGUUUAUUGCAUGCGAGAAGUAAAGAGAGAGGUCCCUGAGGAUUGGGUCUGUGGAUCAUGCCUAACUGGAAUUGACUUGAUUUUGAAGGAAUCUGGUAUGAAAGAUGCUCAUGUGACAUCUUCACUUCACGAAAAUGAAGCUGUCACAAGGGCAAUGGGGAAUGAGCAAUUUUCAGCUUCACAACUUCAUUCCAAGAGGCAAAAGCCUGUGCAAACUGGUAAAGUUAAGUUUAUUUCUCAUGAAGAAGCCAUUAAGCUAUCUUCAGGGACUGCAGAAACAAAAUGUAAUUCAAGCCGUAGGAAAUCAACAUUCCAAAGGCCUACACAUAAGUUUAGAACUAUGAAUCCAAAGGCCUUCUCUGACAGAGUAAAAUCAUCCCCAUGUAAACCUCACAAAUUGACGGGGCCAUUUAGAAAUCCUACACUUACAAGCUCUACGGUUAAUCAACAGAUGUCACGAACGUUCAAAGAAUCAAAAGCUUCAGAAUUAAGUCCAGUAGCUUCUGGGAAGUUGCAUGCUAACCAGAAGCAAUCUAUGGAUGAUAUCUCAGUUCCCAAAAAUCGUUGUGUCAUUUUUGAAAAUAAGAUGGAGAAUUCAACAAAAACAUCACCUUCAUGUUCAAGACCUGUUGAUCCAGAGAAAAAAGCUGCUGCCUCAUGCAAUAAAGAUCCUCUAACCAAACAACAGCCAGCGCAAACCUUUAUCCCACCUAGAAAAGUCGAAAAUUCAAAUAAAAAGAUAUCAAAGGAACUACUCAAAGAAUCAUGCACAUUGUUGCCAUCAUUGCUUGGUGUCAAUACAGGUGGUAAAACUAAGGAUAUUGCUCAACAUGAUCAUUCAAAUGUUCAAGAAGGAGAUCUACAAAAUUUUCCACGUAGUUAUGCCUUGUAUCUUACUUAUUUUCCUGCUCAAGAUGUGAUUUGGGAGGGAGGCUUCAAAAUUCUUAAUUGGAAUCCAUGUGAAGUCUUUGGUAGGUUCCAGGCACAACUUCCUUGCAAAAUUCAUCGUAAAGUUAAUGAAAUUUCAAGAAAGAUGCCUCCAGUUCUUGAAGUUAAUCUGCUUCCUCAGCACCGUUUCUUGGUUGAUCUCUUCCAGGAUGAGUGUCCAGAUCUUUUAGAUGUGGCAAUGUACUUGUUCCCAGCUGAAAACAUUGAAAGAUCAAGACAGAAUUUUUUGAAGUUGGUUGAACACAUGGAGAUCCACGAGUCAAUUAUGAGAUGUUAUAUUGAUGAUGUUGAGCUGCUAAUAUUUACAUCUUCACAGCUGAAUGUCGAUUCACAGAAUGUUUUGUCAUCAAAAUCAAAGCAGUUCUUAUGGGGAAUCUUCCGUAGCACAAAUGAUAAACCUUUUCUUUCGGAUGCACAAGAGGAGCUCUCUAGUUUUCUAGCUGAUGAGGACAUGGAAAUUGACAUGGUGGGGGGAAUUAGUAUUGGAAGGGUUGACGUAAUUGUGCCAAGAAAACACUUAGAAGUUACAAAAGAAGAAUUGACCAAAUACUACAAUCAGGAGCAUAUUCUUUCUCCUCCUCCUGGUUUUACAAAGAAGUUCAAAUCCGAACCGACUGUGUAGAUGAUAAGAGUCGAAGUUAAACAGUUACAGUAGCAAAUAGAGACUAGGAUAAAUUCUAACUGAGAUGUACAGACUAAGCAAAAGAAGGUUAACAUAGAUUCCUCUUGACUGAUUAGAACCAAAAGUUUAUUGUACAAAAUAGGUAUGGGGAAACCAACUCACAUGUUGACUAAUUGAAAUUACAGACAUAUCAUACCACAGUUACUUGUUGUUGUUG